AUGCUUCGCCUAGCUACCGGCAUACGUCGAAAUGGCCUCGCGGCCCCCGGGAGGAUAUGGUCUCAGAGGUCAGGGCCUGUGGGAGCGUUGGGGCUGCGGCGGAUGGCAUCGACCGUGACAGAUCUCAGCAGCUAUCCCUCGGUAGGCGAACGGCUUCACGGCUUUACAGUGAAGGAGACAAAACAUGUGCCAGAGCUGCACCUCUCCGCUAUUCUUCUCAAACAUGACAAGACGGGUGCGGAUUAUCUUCAUGUUGCUAGGGAUGACAAGAACAAUGUCUUUGGUAUUGGGUUCAAAACCAACCCUCCAGAUGCCACUGGUGUGCCCCAUAUUCUCGAACACACGACAUUAUGUGGAAGCGAGAAAUAUCCAGUACGCGAUCCGUUCUUUAAAAUGCUCCCUCGGUCACUUUCCAACUUCAUGAACGCUUUUACCUCCUCCGAUCACACCACAUACCCCUUUGCUACAACAAACAAACAGGACUUUCAGAACCUCUUGUCCGUCUACCUCGAUGCCACACUACAUCCUUUAUUGAAGAAAGACGACUUUAAACAAGAGGGCUGGAGACUUGGACCCGAGAAUCCACUGGCGGCAGAGGAGUCGGAUGCCCAGGCCAAAGAGCUGGAUGAUAUUGUCUUCAAGGGUGUUGUCUACAACGAAAUGAAGGGGCAAAUGUCUGAUGCCAACUAUCUUUAUUAUAUUCGGUUUAAAGAGAGCAUUUUUCCGGCAAUUCACAAUUCGGGAGGUGAUCCUCACUACAUCACAGAUCUGACACACGAACAGCUAGUCCAGUUCUCCAAGAAGAAUUAUCAUCCAAGCAACUCCAAGAUAGUGACCUACGGCGAUAUGCCGUUAGCUGAUCACUUGAAACAGAUUGGAGAGGUCUUAGAGGGAUUUGAUAGGAAAGGUGCAGAUACGGAUGUGAAGCUGCCACUCGAUCUCAGUCAAGGACCUACAGAGGUUACUCUCCCCGGUCCUAUUGACUCUUUUACUAGUGAAGAUCGACAAUACAAAACGUCAAGUUCAUGGCUCAUGGGCGAUACGACUGAUAUUGUGGAAACAUUUUCGACUGGUAUCUUGUCUUCACUUCUGCUCGAUGGCUAUGGAUCACCAAUGUACAAAGCUCUAAUUGAAAGCGAGCUUGGUUCAUCCUUCACGCCCAACACCGGGCUUGAUACAGCUGCCAAGAAGCCAAUCUUCUCUAUCGGUGUGAAUGGCGUCCGCGAAGAAGAUGUUGGCAAAGUUCACGAGGUUAUUCGUGGUGUCUAUGAAGAAGUCAUCGCCACCGGAUUCAACGAUGAAAAAGUCCAAGGCUUCCUUCAUCAAUUAGAACUUGCGUUGAGACACAAGACCGCGAACUUUGGUAUUGGGGUUAUGGAAAAGACAUUGACCUCGUGGUUCAACGGUAGCGAUCCUAUCAAAGAGCUUGCCUGGAACGAUGUCAUCAAUGAGUUCAAGCGAAGAUAUGCCGAAGACGGAUACCUUGAGUCUCUUGUGCAAAAGUACCUGCUGAACGACAAUUAUAUGAAAUUCACAAUGGUCGGAUCGCCGACUUAUAAUACCGACUUGGAUGAACAAGAAAAAGCUCGUAAAGAUUCAAAGCUUUCUGCUCUGAUCUCAGAACAUGGUUCUGCAGAGAAAGCUAUUGCAGAGUUGGAAAAAUCCGAGCUCGAUCUUCUUAAAGUACAAGAAGACGCACAACUUGCGGACGUCAGCUGCUUGCCAACGCUUCACGUCUCUGAUAUUUCAAGACAAAAAGAACGCAAACCCAUCCGAGAGUCCAAGGUUGAUAACGUUGAAGUGGUGUGGCGUGAAGCUCCCACCAAUGGUCUGACCUAUUUCCAAGCAUUAAGUCCCUUUGAUGGUCUGCCAAAUGAGCUCCGAUUGGUGAUGCCUUUGUUUCAUGACUGUAUUAUGCGUCUCGGAACACCUGGAAGGAGUAUGGAGCAAUGGGAAGAUUUGAUCAAACUCAAGACUGGAGGAGUCUCUACCUCUUCUUAUUUGGUUUCCUCGCCGACCGAGCUUGGUAAAUACAAGGAGGGUCUGCAAAUCAGCGGUUUUGCUAUUGAUAAAAACAUCCCUACUAUGCUGGAUAUUAUCCACGCUCUCAUCACAGAGACCGACUUUACCAGCAACGAGGCUCCACGCAUGAUUUUGGAACUACUCCGAUCCACGACCAACGGCGCCCUGGACGCAGUUGCUGGAACUGGACAUCGCUUCGCAGUUAAUGCCGCCGCAGCUACUUUGAACGAGAGUUUCUGGGUUCAAGAACAGCAAUCCGGUUUGGCUCAGCUGCAGGCGACAGCCAAUCUAUUGAACGACGCAACCACCUCAUCAGAGAAACUCAAUGCAAUUAUCGAGAAAUUGCGUCUGAUUCAAAGCUUCGCCAUAUCUCAGUCGUCCAACCUUCGCGUACGCCUGGUUUGCGAAGCAGAAAGUGCCGCAGAGAAUGAGGCCUCGCUGCAGAAAUGGCUAGCAGCUCUCCCCAAAUCAGGAACGAUGGCUGCUGUAUCCCAGCAUCAACCAGAAAUGCCCACCACUCCCGUCGGCAACGUUCUCUACGAUAUGCCAUACAAGGUGUACUACUCAGGACUUGCCAUGGAGACCGUCCCCUUUAUUGAUCCCAACAGUGCAUCAUUGAGCGUCCUCUCCCAGCUCCUGACUCACAAAUACCUACACCCCGAAAUCCGUGAAAAGGGCGGUGCCUACGGCGCCGGAGCUAGCAAUGGCCCCCUCAAGGGCAUCUUCACACUAUCCAGCUACCGAGACCCCAACCCUAUAAACACUUUGAGCGUGUUCAAGAAAACAGGCACUUUCGCCCGCGACCGUUCAUGGACAGACCAAGAACUCGAAGAAGCGAAACUGAGUAUCUUCCAAGGCCUCGAUGCGCCCACAAGCGUUGACGAGGAAGGUGCGCGUUACUUUAUGAGCGGUGUGACGCAUGAAAUGGAUCAGCGCUGGAGAGAGCAAGUUCUAGACGUCACGGCCAAGGAUGUCAAUGAAGUUGCUGCCCGGUUCCUGGUUGGUGGCGAGGGCGCGCCACCCCGUCAGGCACUCUGUGUCCUGGGUGAGAAGAAAGGGGAUCUUACCGCCACUGCGUUUGGGGCUGGUGGCGAGUGGACUGUGAAGAAGCUUUCUUUGCAGCCUCAGGAAGCUGAUGUAGCGGAUGGUCUUGAGGAUGUUAGUGCCGCCUCGGCAUGA